AUGCAUAAUGCUGUAGAAAUUACUCAUCCCUCGUUACUAGCCUUACAGGAUCUGAUUGAAACCGACCCAGAAGUGUAUAUGCUCUUUACGACCAUGUUUACUCAAAAAGUUGCCGUGCAUCCAGGCGAAGAAUAUCCUGGGAAUCCAAUCUCAGACUACACGGAUAUGCUGCAAAAGAUGCAAAUCAUCAUUACCAGGGCUCCUGAGUAUAUAUCUAAUAUAUUUAACAGUACGCUUGUUGGUCUACCCAUCAAUCACCUCCUCAAAUAUGUGAUGCGAACACCCUCGGGAACCAUGGCUUUUAUCAACGAUAAAGUCAACAAAUGUUUCAAGGAUAUUCUCAACGAUUGGGCGCAGUUCCUCAACAAUGCAGAUUCACGAACGGUUUUGAAUCAGCAGGUAAAUGAGUAGUAUAGGGAGGGGGUUCUGCGUCGGGUGGAGCGGGUGGAGCACUAGAGCUCCACCCAUUACGUCAUUAGCAUAUCAUAUCAUACCAAUUACACGCGCUAGUAAUGUAUUUAAAGAGUGUGGACCAAUGACUACUAGUUAACAAUUAGACAACGAGGCCGAGUUGUCUAAUUGUUUUAGUAUAAACUUUAACAUUAAUUUACAACUAGGCUGCAAACACAAUACAAAAAUACACAAAAAACAUUAUAAAACCAUUAAAGGUAAACAAAUAUUUUAGUUUAUGUUCGCGUAAAAUGUUUUACAAAAUUCAGUUUUAAUUUUAAAAUUUCAUUGAGUGUAUGUUUUGUCUAUUUUCUUACCCUUAAAAAUUGCCAUUCCAUAUUUUUGUUGCUUUUCCGGGAUUUUUUAGUACAGAAUUGUUCAACAAGUCGUCCAAAAAAUCAUCAGACACUUCGGCAAAAGUGCAAAACGCGAAUUUUCCGCCAUUUUGAAUUUUCUAUUAGUAGGCUAUCACUAAUAGCCUACUAGUAGCGUAGCCAAUCAGAAAGCACGAAAUGUGAUAGCCUACUAGUAGGUUUAUACUAAUACGCGAUAGCCGAGGAGCUAGGGCAUGACUGUAAACACUCGCCGUUCUUUUUUACCAUUACACCCGGGGUUUUUUUCUUCAAAAUUACACUCGCCGUUAUUUUCUCCAGAAUUACACGCGGCGUUUUUUCAAUGCAAUAAUUACACGCGACGUUUUUUUUCAAUGCAAUAAUUACACGCGACGUUGUUUUCAAUGUAUUAUUUGCACACGACGGUUUUUCCAAAAAUUACACUCGCUCUUUUUUAAAGUUACGUAGUUAAACUGAGGGUUUCACUUCGGAUGAAGAUGGGAGCAAUCAUAAGGUUAGUACAGUGUGUUUCAUCAAAAUAAAAAAAUCCGGAAAUACAGUACAUAAUUUCACUUUUCAGUCGGUUAUGAAUAUAAUCUAUUGUUUUGUUUUGACUUUCGUAUUUUCCAAACUAAACAAAAGCUUUAAUUGUGUAUUUCAGCGUUGCUAUAUAUCCCUGUGCCACAUGGAAGAAGUUAUUCGCUGACCUCAAAACGACAUUUCGUCAAAACAUUUUUCUUCAAGAUUGGUUUAGAAACAAACCUGGAGUAGGGUUAGGUUAGGGUUAGGGUUAGGGCAAGGUUUAGGGUUAAAGUUGGUGUUUGGAAUAGGGUUAGUGUUAGUAAAACCGUUGCUUUGUUACGCUUUGUCACUCUGAGGCCAUAGAAAUAACCUCUUCACAUAUAUAUUGUCGUAACACAUGUAUACCACCGCCAUUUCUUGUUGAUUUUGUUCUAUCACUGUAGGCGUAUAUAUGAUAUGGCAAGACACAUAUACAUUUUAUAUAUGAAGAAGUGCAACAUGGAAAAUAACUAUGUUAUGACCCUGGCAAAACACACCAAGCUUUUGUUUAUAUAGGUUGGAAAACACAGCAGAAAACAAUGCAUUAUAUUCAUAAUUAACCGACUGAAAUGUGAAAUUUUGUACUGUAUUUACAUGAUUUUUUUGUUUUGGUGAAACACCCUAACAUUAUGAUUGCUCUCAUUUUCAUCCGAGGUGAAACCCUCAGUGUAACAACGUAACUUUAAAAAAAGGGCGAGUGUAAUUUUUUGAAAAAAACGUCGCGUGCAAAUAAUGUAUUGAAAAAACGUCGCGUGUAAUUAUUGCAUUGAAAAAACGUCGCGUGUAAUUCUGGAGAAAAAACGGCGAGUGUAAUUAUGAAGAAAAAACGAGUGUAAUGGGGGGGGACUGCUUUUGUUUACGGUACUUGCAUUGCUGAGUGACGAAUCAUGACGAAUAGAGCUUACGCUAAGAACAAUGGAGAUGGAAUUCUGUGUAGAAUCUGUGGUAAUGGUAAAAAAACAGCGAAUGUUUACAGUCAUAUAGCCCUUUUCGGCCAUUGUAUACCUAGCAUCCUAAGAAAAUAUUUACAGUUUAAUACUUUGCUAAUAUUUAUCCACACAUAUAUAUAUGCCUUCUAACAAACUGAGUGAAUUUUAACGCUUUCUCUCGAUAUAUAUUCUACUAAAGUUGUUGUCAUGGCUAGAAAUGAAGGACAGUAUGGCGGCUGGCUUUGUCAAAAUUUGCGCAGAUCUAACAAAUUUUAAGAAUUCAAGAUGGCGGAAAUAUAGAGCGUUAAUAGUAUAAACAUAUAAAAUCGAUGCGCAUACAGAAAGAGUGUAAAAUUUUCAAGUUGCCCACGUCUACAAAUCUAUAAAAUACCUCAAUAGUGUUGUCUUGCAAACUCUCGACGUCUCACGAUUUGCUAUUAGUCGGCCCGAGUAAUUAACUCCCUUUGCCAAUAUUUUCUGGUAAUUUAAACUCCAUUGAAAACAUGAAAUCCGAGUUUGGGUGCUAUGUUCAGUCCGGUAUAGUGUCGUUCAAAAAGAAGUCAGAUAAAAUGCCCACGUCUAUAUUUUCUACACGAUGUUCAAACUGCCAUUUUGCGUUGCUUUGGAAGCCUCUUAUCUUGUAUUCGUACGGCCAAAUGGUUUUAAAAUCGUCUGCUUUUUAACAAACUGCAAGCUUGAAUUCUCACAACCGCAGAGCUUGUAGUGAAGAACAGCUGCGAAAUUUCCCAAAAUUUCGUUCGUACAACUGUGGCUUUUACGUCAUUUUGUAAACAUUGAUGCUAAUAGCCGCUGGCCGAUAAAAGGAGAUACACGAUGGCUCAAAUAUAGCGCGAAAAUUGAAAAUAAUAGAGCGAAAAUUGGAAAAUUUUUACAAUAUUUUGCUGUGGAAAUCUUCCAUUUACGAGACGUCCCUUGUGCUUAAAAGUCGACCGUACUCAAAUUACGCAACAAAUGAUGAAAAGACAUAUUCAAUAUUCAUAAAAGACUUAAUAAAAGGCGUAAAAUGCAAAAUAUAUUCACUCAUGUGAACUAAUUUUAUCAUUCCUUAGUCAGCGCAGUGUGUCGCGGGCGC